UUUAAAUGACGUCCAAAACCAUGAUCCCUAAUUUAUAUCCUUAUUACGCAUAAUCAUGCAUGUACCUUAAGUUCCUACGUCACCGAUUGUUCUAAUGCUCGUUAAUAAUACCAUCCCAAAACUGAUUGCAGAUGCACCGGAUGACUGGACGAGAAAUCCUCGAGAUUUAAAGAGCUUCAGCGAUCUCGUCGCCAAAGAAAAGAACAGUCGAAAGGGAAGAGACCGAAACGUUACUAGAAGAUCAAGGUAACCGGAAGAGAGGGGAUCGCGGGUAAGGAGUAUCAAGACGAAGAUGCCCGUCAAUUCUUGCGUCUGCAGUUCUUCGUGCCAGCGAGACGCUUGCGUAACCGUUCCUCGGCCAACAGACGCAUGAUAAGACGCUGCCACGAAGACGAUUCCCGCUACACGCGAUUCGAGCCGCGUUGCAGUACACUCGCGGUCAUUAAUAGAACAGUUUUAUUUGUCCCCGAGUAUUCUGAUUGAAAGCUUGAAUCGUCGAGAUGCGUGUAAAAAGUUGAUUCGAAGUGAUCAAAACGAUAAAAUAAAAAUCCAGCGGAAUACCUAGAAACAUGUACCAGGAAUGAGAAGAGAAUUGGACACGGAAGAUAUACUCUAUUUCGAGUGAUCAGCGAAGCUACCUGGGAAGACCAAGGUGAUCGGUAUCGAGGUUAGUUAAGAGGCUCGAUAGAUAUCGUUUAAAAGGCUCGAACGACGAACCUCUUCGUUGACCCCGUUUAGAGAUUCCUCAAGAACAGUUUGCAACGGACCGAUAACACGAAUAUAUCACGAGGGAUUACGUGUCGCAUUGGCAAGACAGAGACACCAAGAGGGAAGCAUCAGGGAGCAAUCGUCUUCUCGACGGGUCGGAGGAAAGAUCACUGGGUUACGAUGUAUCAGCGAGUGGUGCUGGUGAAUCUGCCAAAGUCACAGGCGAUCGACAUCGAAUUCACGAAUGUGACACGCGAGGCUAGGGUGGGCUUCCGUGGCCCAACGAAGGAAAUACUGAAGGGCGUCAGCGGAUGCUUCAAAUCGGGCGAGCUGUGCGCGAUCAUGGGACCUUCUGGGGCUGGAAAAUCGACGUUGCUGAACAUACUUACGGGAUUCGACAGGGACAUGUGGAAGGGCCAGAUCGAGUACAUCGGGAGAGAGGGCAAGCACACCUGGCAAGAGUACAGGAAACAGUCUUGUUAUAUCCAGCAGGACGACAGGUUACAUCCGUUGUUCAACGUGGUGGAGGCGAUGUGGAUGGCGGUGAAUCUGAAGAUCGGCAGCAGUCUCAGUAAAAAGGCCAAGGGUAUGCUGAUAGACGACGUGUUGGAGAAUCUGGAUCUGAUGAAGACGAAGAAUACAAAGUGUAGUCAGCUUAGCGGAGGUCAGAAGAAGAGGCUCAGCAUAGCAUUGGAACUGGUCGAUAAUCCGCCAGUGAUGUUCCUCGACGAGCCCACCACGGGGCUAGACGCAUUAUCGUCUUAUCAAUGUAUAUCGUUGCUGAAGAGCCUGGCGAAGGCCGGCAGAACGAUCGUCUGCACGAUCCAUCAACCAAGUGCUGCGAUCUAUGAGAUGUUCGACAACGUUUAUCUUCUGGCCGAUGGCAGGUGCAUGUACGAUGGCGCGACGAAGGACACGGUCGCCUACUUCGCCAGCAUCGGACUGCAGUGCCCAAAGUAUCACAAUCCAGCCGACUACAUGAUCGAGGUGGUCAGCUGCGAGUACGGCGACUACACCGAUCAGCUGAUCAAGGUAGCCGACACCGCUAAAGGGUCCUGGCGAUCGACGACCAAAACCGAGGAACAGUCCAACGAUCACAGGAGGAACGUGGACAAAGCUACGGUGCUGGUCCAGAUGCCGUCCGAGAUGGACAAGUUCUUCGUGCUGGUACAACGUUGCAUCACCCAGCUGUACCGUGACUGGACGAUGACGCACCUGAAGAUCGGGCUUCAUCUUUUCGUGGGCAUUCUUUUGGGUCUGUUGUUCACCGAUUCUGGCUCGAACGGAAGCAAGACUCUGAACAAUAUGGGAUUUUUAUUGGUCACCUCGGUGUACCUCUGUUACACCAGCAUGAUGCCGGCGGUCCUCAAGUUCCCGUCAGAGUUGCAGACGCUGAAGAAGGAACGGUUCAAUAACUGGUACCGGCUUAGAACGUACUAUGCUGCGACGAUCGUCUGCACCCUUCCAAUGCAGAUGGUGUUCGCUGUCGCGUACAGUUCACCGUCGUAUUUUCUCAGCCAUCAACCGAUGGACGUGAACCGUUUCGUGAUGUUCAUGGUGGUGGCGAUCCUUACAACGAUGAACGCCGACAGCUUCGGCACGCUGGUUGGGACACUAAUGAACCCUAUCAAUGGGACGUUCUGCGCAGCGAUUAUAGUCUGCGGUAUGCUCGCUCUGGCUGGUUUUCUGGCCUUGUUCGCUCACAUGCCCAUCGCACUGUAUUACCUCAGCUACCUGAGCUACCUGAAGUACUCUAUGCACGGGUUCGUGCACGCGAUGUACGGUUUCAAUCGGGAAAAGCUGGACUGUUACAGGAAUUAUUGCCACUACAGGAUGCCAGAAAUGAUCAUGACCGAGUUUUCGAUGCUGGAGGGAAGAUACUGGAUGGAUAUCGUUCUGUUGCUCUGCAACUACUUCGUCUUCAGGUUCGCCGCUUAUUUCACCCUCAAGAGGAAGCUGUCCGCGGCUUGAACGUAACUGCGGGACAGAGUACAAACGACUGUCUUGUGAUUGUGUUGAGUACAAGUUGGGUGACUUUCUGGGUGAACUGGAGAACUGCUGGAAGGCCGUGAUUAGGGGAUCUGGGUUAGGUCCUUCCUUGUGUUUCUUGUACCGGACGAGGCACGGGGUUCGAGUGAUAGUGUCGAAGUGAUUUCUGUGUUCGGUGUACUGGACGGACGAACGAUCUAUUAUUUUGUUUAUUCUUUUUUCUGGCAAACUCAGUAUUUACUUUUCGUGGAAAUCACAUGCUUGGGCAUGAUGUUUAUGGCGUACGUCGUUGGUAUUCGAUGAUCGUUUUUCAGAAAUGACACGGAGAGAAGGCUAGAUCAAUUGGAUUUCAACUGAUUCCGUUGAAAUAAUCGUGUAAUUUACUGUUUCACCUGCGGCCAAUAUUGAUUCAGGUCCCACUUAACGAUCGAGCGUAUACGAAAUGAACGUUCAGGCGUGUCCUUCCGUCAACGUACAAGUUCACGAAAAAGGAAUGGUUUCUUGGACGUUGAAUGUCGUGUCUGGCGGCUUAUUUCGGAAGUUAUUACCGAAGGAUGACUCUCUGAAUGGGGACACGUGUGCAUUAACAUGACAGACUCUGAUAGGUCGAUUCUCGUGGGAUCGAUUGGAGGACGUCGAUCGAGUGACGUCCUUUUAUUUUCUUUUUUUUUAAAUUGUACCGUUUUGUACGUGGAACAAUAAUAUCCAUUAAAACUAUGUCGAUGAAA